AUGUCUAAAGCUAUUGGAAUUGAUUUAGGUACAACCUACUCAUGUGUUGCACAUUACACAAACGACAGAGUUGAAAUCAUUGCAAAUGAUCAAGGUAACAGAACCACCCCAUCUUAUGUGGCAUUUACUGACACAGAAAGAUUAAUUGGUGAUGCUGCUAAGAAUCAAGCUGCUAUGAAUCCAGCUAAUACUGUCUUCGAUGCCAAGAGAUUAAUUGGUAGAAAGUUUGCCGAUCCUGAAGUACAGGAAGAUGCAAAGCAUUUCCCAUUUAAGAUCAUUGACAAAGGUGGUAAGCCAAAUAUACAAGUUGAAUUUAAAGGUGAAACCAAGGUCUUCACUCCUGAAGAAAUUUCCUCUUUCAUUUUGACUAAGAUGAAGGAAAUCGCUGAGAGUUACUUAGGUACUAAGAUUAACGACGCAGUUGUUACUGUACCUGCAUACUUUAACGAUUCUCAAAGACAAGCAACCAAAGACGCAGGUUUGAUUGCAGGUUUGAACGUUUUGAGAAUUAUCAACGAACCCACAGCCGCAGCCAUUGCAUACGGUUUAGAUAAGAAGGGAACCGCUUCUGGCGCAGGUGAAAAGAAUGUCUUGAUUUUUGAUUUAGGUGGUGGUACUUUUGAUGUAUCAUUGUUAGCUAUUGAUGAAGGUAUUUUUGAAGUCAAGGCAACUGCCGGUGAUACUCACUUGGGUGGUGAAGAUUUUGAUAAUAGAUUAGUUAACCAUUUUGUUCAAGAAUUCAAGAGAAAGAACAAGAAGGAUAUUUCAACAAAUCAAAGAUCAUUGAGAAGAUUAAGAACCGCAUGUGAACGUGCAAAGAGAACCUUAUCUUCAUCUGCGCAAACUUCAAUUGAAAUUGAUUCUUUAUACGAAGGUGUUGAUUUCUAUACUUCAAUCACUAGAGCUAGAUUUGAAGAGUUAUGUGCAGAUUUGUUCAGAGGAACUUUAGAUCCAGUUGAAAAGGUUUUGAAGGAUGCUAAACUUGAUAAGUCUCAAGUUGAUGAAAUUGUUCUUGUUGGUGGUUCUACCAGAAUUCCAAAGAUUCAAAAAUUAGUUUCUGACUUCUUCAAUGGUAAGGAACCAAACAAGUCCAUCAAUCCAGAUGAAGCCGUUGCUUAUGGUGCUGCUGUACAAGCUGCAAUCUUAACAGGUGACACUUCUUCGAAGACUCAAGAUUUGUUAUUAUUGGAUGUUGCUCCAUUAUCUUUAGGUAUUGAAACAGCUGGUGGAGUUAUGACCAAAUUGAUUCCUAGAAAUGCAACUAUUCCAACUAAGAAAUCUGAAACCUUCUCAACCUAUGCUGAUAACCAACCAGGUGUCUUGAUUCAAGUUUUCGAAGGUGAAAGAGCUAGAACCAAGGACAACAACUUAUUAGGUAAGUUUGAGUUAAGUGGAAUUCCUCCUGCUCCAAGAGGUGUUCCACAAGUUGAAGUUACGUUUGAUAUUGAUGCUAAUGGUAUUUUGAAUGUAUCCGCCUUAGAGAAGGGUACUGGUAAGACGCAAAAGAUUACUAUCACCAACGACAAGGGUAGAUUAUCUAAGGAAGAUAUCGAAAGAAUGGUCAGCGAAGCUGAAAAGUAUAAAGAUGAAGAUGAAAAGGAAGCUGCAAGAAUCUCUGCAAAGAACACUUUGGAAUCUUACACUUAUUCAUUAAAGAACACUAUCUCUGAUGGAGAGAUGAAGGAUAAGAUAAGUGAAGAUGACAAGGAAAAGUUAACCAAGGCCAUCGAAGAAACCAUUGCUUGGUUAGACGAUUCCAAUGCUGCAUCCACCGAAGAAUAUAACGAUAAACACAAGGAAUUGGAAGGAAUUGCCAAUCCAAUUAUUUCUGGUGCUUAUCAAGGUGGUGCAGGAGGUGCUCCUGGUGGAGCUCCUGGUGGAUUCCCAGGUGGCGCCCCAGGUGGUUCUGCCCCAGGUGGUGACUCAGGACCAACAGUUGAAGAAGUUGAUUAG